GUACACAGAACACAGAGCGUGUGGCACAGUUAGAUAUACAGAUCAGUUUUAGCCAUGGCGAGCAAGGAGGACAGUGAUGAAGGAGUUCCAAUGACAGAGUUACAUUGUCAAGGAGGUGACAGAAGUGAAUCCACACCACAGAGAGAAUCAUGGAGCAGACAUUUGGACUACAUGCUGACAAUGAUUGGCUACUGUGUUGCAUUAGGAAACCUGCUGAGGUUCCCCUACAUUUGCAACAGGAACGGUGGAGGAGCUUUCCUCAUCCCCUUUGUCUUGAUCCUGGCCAUCGCUGGGUUCCCCUCAUUCUUCGUGGAGGCGACCAUCUCGCAGUUCUCGGGAAAGGCUGCCAAACAAGUCUGGAGCUUCUGUCCUAUGUUUAAAGGAGUUGGUGUUGGCGCUGUUGUGGUUGCAUUCGCGUACAUGCCCUAUUACAACCUGUAUCUGGCCUGGCCCAUCUACUACAUGGUGAAGUCCUGCUCCAGCGUCCUGCCCUGGACAACUUGUGGCAACAGCUGGAACACCGACCUGUGUAUUGACUACGGGAAUACAACGUAUAGCAGUAACAAGACAGCCCUUUCUGGGAAUACGUCAUAUACCAUCAUCAAAUCCGAAAAGUGGGAAAAUGUUACUCUAGCUCACACACCUGCGGAGGAGUUUUGGCAGUACGAUAUAUCUGUCAUGUUAUUUUUAUAA